CCGCAAGGAAGCUUAGCUUGUGACAGAUCAAAGAACUCCUAGAGUACUACAUGGAGACGAAGAUUAUUGACUCUAAGAUAUUCAAAAUCGAUUUAAUGCCAUCACAUCACAGUGAUGCGGUAUGGGAUGAAUGCGAUCUUGGAGAAGUUGUCGGGAUCUUAAUUUCCUAUAAUACAUCCAACAUAGCAUCUCUAUGUUUUUUCUAUGCCAAGAACAACGUCUUCCAAAUGCCUACACAACAUGGCCGGCUAGAAGGAAGCUCUCGGAUGAUCUUGCUAGAUUAUCCAACAGAGAUUCUUACUUCAGUGCAUGGCUAUCGCAAUGCAAAGAAUGUCACAUCCAUAACAUUUGUAACUAACAAGGCCAAAUAUGGACCCUUUGGGAAAGUUUACUCUAACAACUGGUCUACGAACGACGAUAGCUUCGAUUUGCAAUUAGAGAGCAAAGUUGGUUUGAUUAGUGGAUUUCAUGGUACUGUUUACAAUGGCUGUAUCGGAAGCAUUGGAGUUUACUUGACACUAACUUCUACCCAAUCUCAAUUUUCAUCAGGACAAGUGGAAUUGGAGUAUGUCUAGAAAUUGAGUUGCAAUUGGCCUGGCUACGAUCAAAUUGGCAACCUGCGUAUAAGAUUUAACAAUAUUUAUUGUUUAAAUUUGACCACGAGCAUAUUAUAUUGUUAAACAAUUUCAGUAUACUUAUCUGUUUGAUCAUGAAAAAUUUACUGUGAUAUGAAGUGUAACUUGAUUGUCAAAAUCCUCUCAGCCUUAUUUACAAUUUAAAAUCUUACUACA